AUGCUUGAACAUAUACCGGUAAUCGAUGAAGACGAGGUUGCUAGUGGGGAAAUAACGAAUGGGACUACGUCGAAUCUUCGUCAAAUCGGACCGUUUCGUUCAUUGUCUGCAAAACGAACAAAAGGGACAAAUCAACCACGACGCGUCUCUUUUAAUGAUGUACCCAUUAUACAUGAGGUACCGUCGUUUGAUCUGAUGCGUAAUUCAAAUUGUGAAUCACAUCGUGCUUGGACAUACACAGGCUCUAAUUCUUCUAAUACGCCUUUAAAUGAUUCUAUGACGAAUAUCCUCCCAUCAACAUUCAGUACGAAGCUACAUGCUAAUCGUAUCAGUAGCGCGUACUACAAUAACACGAGUAAUGUGCGAAAUCGACCAGACCUUGCCCUAAACGCUACCGUACCGUCUUUUGGUGAUACUAAUACGCGCCUGACAGAAUGGAUGUUUAGACCAAAAGCUCCAAGAAUAAUAACAACUGGUACCACAGAUGAUACAAAUGGUACAAAUGAUUCAAAUUCUGUAUCGUUUAACGCUACAUCUAGAUUACAAGUUGAAAGAAACGAACGAUCUCCAUCACCAAUGACUCCUAUUAUCGUAGUAACAUCAAAUGAUUCGAAAAAUCAAGAAUAUGAAAUGGAUUUGACAGAGACCAAAUCAGAUAAUACCACAGACAUUACUAUAAAUAACAAUAUUAAUGAGUCAAUAACAACCAGUAUGCUCUCAGAUUCUCCACAAAAAUCGAUUAUCCAUAACAAUACGUCUACUCUGAGAUACAGCCUUCCACACUCUGUUCUAUAUAAUAAUCCGUAUAUAUUAAAUAUCGCCUCUCCCUCAAACACUUGGAAAAGUAUAUCUGAUCCAUUUGGAAGUGCACCAUCUUUAGUGUCAUCAAAUGACAAUGAGCAUAAUGUCAACUACACGUAUCGAUCAGUAAUAACUCCCGUUAUUUCAGAUAGUCAUCAUCCGAUGAAUGUGGUAUCCAUUCCAAUCACUACCACAUCCGAACAACAACAACAUCCUAAUAAUAAUCAACGAAACGUUUCGUUCGGAUAUUCUACUCAACAGCAACCAUCUUAUGUCUUUAGGGAAAGUACACCAUCUGAAUCGAGUGUGGUCACUUAUACAUCUAUAUUAUCAGCAAAUAUUGAAAAUUCCAUUUUAUCAGCAACAAGUGUGCAACAACAACAGCCAGUAAUUAGAAAUGGCCGAAUUCGCUCUGCAACGUUACCAACAGCAGUACGGUCUACGAGUAAUACAAAUGAUAUCUCGGCUACGAACAGCACGUACAAUAAUGUGUCCAUAACGGCCCUAACCACUCAGCCAAGUAGUACCAGCACAUCACUACCAAUCACAAGUACGCUUCCUUCACGUAACUUUCAUACAACAACUUCCACAAUAGUUGCUCCUCCUCCUCCUACUCGCAUAUCGUCUGCAAUCUCCAGUUCAUCGAAUAUUCUAAAUCGAACAGUUUUGCGCCCCACGACAAUUGCGUUUCAAUGCAAUACACCCUAUCAAACUAUGCCCAUUGUUAGUCAGUUUUCGAGUAAGGACUCAACAGUGACGAAUUCUAGCACUGGCCAACAAACACCAUCAUCGAUGAAACAGAUGCCUAUUCAAAAAAUGCCACACAAUCCACGAUUCAUGCAACGACCAAAUAUUCCUAUGACUGCUUCGUCAUCAACCGCAUCCAUUAAGCAUCCAGUAUUUGCAAAUGCUAUGGCUAAUAGCAACAUUGGAGAAAAUAGUGCAAAUUACCUUAAAGCAUCAUCAACCACAACAGCUGCAGCAGCCAUGCAACGAGCUCGUUCGGCAAAUGUUUUUCGCCGAUCGCCCGUCGAUGCAUUUGGAAACGUCACAACGUUAAAUAAUAAUUUGAAUACAAAUUCAAUAAAACGAAAUCCAAAUGUUCGACAAACGUAUGGUUCAUACUAUAUGCAUCGAGUUCUACUACCAACAACAACAAAUUAA